UAUCAACACAGCAUCUAUUAUAGGUAGAUGAACGCAGCCUCGCAGUAAUGUUGGCCGAGGAGACUUCACCCCAUUCUUUCCCUGACAAUUGAGCCAGCGCCCACUGUAAAGUAGCCCCUGGCACGUUUGAAUGGCAGGUAGCGGUCGAGUGAGUAUUUUGCACUUGUAAAAUCAUAUCCUCAGUCGACUCUGAAAGCAGCCGCGGAGCGAAAGGUUGACAGGUAAUGAACCGUUGUCUAUCCUGCCACUGAACUCUCUACCAGAGGAGAACGUGGGCAGGGCCCACUACAAGCUGUGUGACCGGCUCAAACUGGAAAAGAAACAGCGCAGGAUGUGCAGACGAGACCCGGGCGUGGCAGAGACCCUGAGAGAGGCCAUCACCAUGAGCGCCCUAGAAUGCCAGUAUCAAUUCCGCUUUGAGAGGUGGAACUGCACCUUAGAGGGGCGCCACCGAGCCAACAUACUAAAGCGAGGAUUUAAAGAGACAGCCUUCCUGUAUGCCAUCUCCUCAGCGGGCCUCACGCAUGCCAUGGCCAAAGCUUGCAGCGCAGGACGCAUGGAGCGCUGCACGUGUGACGAGGCCCCGGACCUGGAGAACCGCAAGGCGUGGCAGUGGGGAGGCUGUGGGGACAACCUCAAAUACGCCAACAAGUUUGUCAAGGACUUCCUUGGAAAACGCUCCAACAAGGACCUGCGAGCACGCGUGGACAUGCAUAACACAAAUGUGGGCAUGAAGGUAAUCAAGGCUGGAGUGGAGACCACUUGCAAAUGCCAUGGCGUCUCUGGCUCCUGUACCGUCCAGACCUGCUGGAGACAGCUCCUGCCCUUCCACGAGAUCGGAAAGCAGCUGAAGCAGCGCUACGAGACCUCCGUCAAAGUUGGCAGCUCCACCAAUGAGGCGACAGGGGAGGGAGAGAUCUCCACAGGCCGGAGCCAGCAGCAGCAGCAGCCGCCACCCCUGCCUGGCCUGAAUGAGCAGAUCCCUCGCACUAUGGACCUGCUCCACAUCGAGGACUCUCCCAGUUUCUGUAGACCCAGCAAGUACUCGUCGGGCACAGCAGCCCGCAAGUGCUACAAGGAUAAGAACUGCGAAGCUAUCUGCUGCGGGCGAGGCCACAACACUCAGAGUAGGGAGGUGACCAGGCCCUGCCAGUGCCAGGUGCGCUGGUGCUGCUACGUCGAAUGCAAGCAGUGCACACAGAGAGAAGAGGUCUAUACCUGCAAAGGGUAAACCAGUCAUCUGUCAGUCCCAGUGGAGCAAGUGAAAGAUGGUCAUGUAGAAGAGGAAUAGUGGUUUUGUUCUCAAACAAGGUUUUGCUUCCACUGUCGGAACAGUGUCUGAACAAACAAAGAGGAGUGAGCCGAUGGAGAAGCAAUAAGCACUUUGAGGGAUUUCUGUGGGUUGGGGUUCAGGUGUCUUGUGACCCCUGUGUCUGGGGUUUUUCAGAAUUAAAAACCAUCUCAGACAACUGGGUCAACAUCUCAAGCUUUUUGUCACGGUGUUGCCUUGAAGAGAGUAGCUUUUAUUUUCAUAUUAAAAAAAAUCCAUUGCAUCUUCACACAAGAAAACAGAAAGAAAACAAAGAUUAGCAUCCAGUUAUUGAGGAUCCAAUUCAAGGACAGUAACACCAACAGACUGGUUUCUGGGGCCUUUCCCCAAGAAGAAUGGUUUGUGUGUGUGUGUGUGUGUGUGUGUGUGUGUGUGUGUGUGUGUGUGUGUGUGUGUGUGUGUGUGUGUGUGUGUGUGUGUGUGUUUGUUUGUCAAUUUUUACAUGUCUGUUUGUACAUGAGCACGUGACAGAUAACGAAGGGGGAGGGGGUUUCGAAUGACGACUUUUAUGGAAAUAAAAACCAUAUUCAGAGACUGCGAAAAAAGACAGGGUGUAAGAUUUACUCUACACGCACAUAUUUACCCUCACACACAUUGUGUGUUUGCAUAUGUAUGUACAUAAAUUCAGUUAUAUUGUAAUGAUAUUAUACAAGCCACUUAUCUAACUAUGUUAAAAAAACCACUAACCACACAAAUGUAUGUUGUUUGUGUGCUCUCGCUCGUUUUUCUUCUUGAUUCAUGUUGACAAGGCCCUUUGGAAAGCAGCACACUUGUGUCCGUCGUCUUUCUGUGGAUAAUUUAUAGAUCCUUUGGGACUACUCCUUCACAGGGAGAAAAAAAUUCUAAUUUUUUCUUUUUUUUUUUGUAAUAUAAUAUGAAACUGAAGUAAAUGCAUUAACAGAAAAUAACUAAACCAGUCAGUUUAGGCUAUUCUCGGCCUUGAGUGAACCAGUGUUCAGGGAAUAACUUAAACCACUAUAACUAUUUGGAUAAAAUAGAGAGAAAUAGUGCAAAUACAAAUAAUAUCCAAGUUGGAGAUGACAAUGGCCUUGUUAUAAUAGCCAAUACCGUUGCAACAGGUGAUCACUUGACCAGCAAAUGGUCCAUGUGUGUGUGUAGAUCAAAAAUUGUUGAGCUCUGCAGAGCUUAAAUCUACUUAUUAGGACUUUUUUUCUUUAACUUUGAAUACUUUGAAGUUGUAAAGAAAACUGUGGAGAACUGGAGGAAUUUCACAUCCCUCUUUCCUCUUCAGCUGUCCCAAUUUGAUUGAGCCAAAUGACAUGCAGUAUGUACAGUGAUCUGCGUCGGUCAGUCCAAACAGUAUGGGGCAACUGAGACGGAAAUCUAACUUGCAGAAAUGCUCAAGUGAAGAUGAAAGCGUAAGCCUCAUACCUAAUAUAAACAUGUUUUCUAAGACUAAUAUUUGUAUAAUGUUCGGCAAAUUGAGUCUAAAUACAAACAUUGGGGUUUUGCAAAUAUGCUGUCUUCAUUUAGAAGACAGCGUUGGUGUUGAGGUAAUUUACUUUUUCAUAGUGUUGCUUGGCACACAGUAACACUAUGCAGUAUACUGAACCCUGCCAUGCAACUACAGUGACAGUUCAAAGCAAUAGUGUGACGUUUUGGCAAAUACACCUAUUUUCUUUGUUGCCGAGAGUUAGAUGAUUGAUAAUCAUCUAGCUACAGCUAGCAGCAAGUUAGCUUAGUUUAGCAUGGAGAAACCGAGGGAAACAGCUACCCCGGCUCUGUCUGAGGCAACUCCCCACAAAACUGCAACUUGCCAUUAUUACAUUGGUUUGGUUUAUUUGCAGAUUAAACACACAAGAUACAAUGUGUUAAUUAGUGACCUUUAGAGGUGCUAGAAGGUGGGUUUUGUUACCUUCAGACAGAGCCAGGCUAGCUGUUUCCCCCCAUUUCCAUUCUUUAUGCUAGGCUUAGCUAACCGGCUGCUAGCUGUAGUCUCUUAUUAACCAGAAAAAUAUGAAAGUGGUAUCGCUUUUCUCAUCCAAUUCUCGGGAAGAAAGCAAAUAAGCGUAUUUCCCCAAAUGUCGAAUUUUUCUUAUAAGACAUAACUAUGAAGUCAAAGGUUAAUUUUAUGAAAAAUGCAUCUGUACACACAAAUGCAGACAAUAAUAUUUCAUUGUAUUCUCAGCACUUAGUUUCUGGGAACAGUAUGUUAUAUACUAUAAGAUAUAGGACCUUAUAUGCCUUGUUUUCGAUGGGUGUGAAUUAACUACUGAGUGAGGGACCCAGCUUUGUAUUAUGGCGCCAUUCACGCACUGAAGCCCAAAAGCCCUUUAAAGUAUUUAAAGUUCUGUAUUUAUAGGUACAGUGCAGUGCAGAAUAUUUUUUUGGUAAAUUGUAAAUAGCAAAGGUUUCUUCUCCUGUGGUAUAGAGACAAAAGUGAGGCACAUGUUCAACUCUCAAAAGCUAACUGAAACAGAAAUUGGUAGCAAUAAGAAACAUUAGGGCAAGUUAUUUGUGGAAACAGCAAACAGCUGCUGUAACAAGAUGGUUACAGAUUGUACGGCAAUAUAGCACCAUGCCAAACAUCCUUAAAAAUGGCUAAACAGGUGGUUUAAUGUUUAAAGAUGAUUAUCGUGAUAUUUGAAAUUAAACCAUUAUCCCCUACAGCAAAAUCAUGCUUUAGGAAGAGAACCUUGCUUGGCUUAUUUGUCCUGAGGAGAUGAAUUCCAAGCAUUUUGAUAUGAGGAGGCAUGCCAUAUAAAGACCGGUCAAAACAUAUACAUAGAACUUUGCACGCUACAUGGAAACCAUAAUAGCUAUGCUGAGACUCGAAGCAUAAAUGCCUUCUUCCCACAGCUUCUGGCGUGUGCAUUCUCCACACACGCACACUCCUUGGCCCAAACACACUCUGCUUUUGAACAGAUUCAAAACAGGCAUGACAGGAAUACCAAAUGCACACUUGGUGCAUUUUUGUUUGUUUAUAGAUUGUACAUAGACCUAAAUUUUCUCCCGGGGAGCAUGAUGCAGCAGCCAGCCGGUUUUUAGAUGUCACAGUCAUCCAUAUUCUCAAAUCCAAAACUCUGCACUGUUUAGUCGUCAGUGGAUCAUGUACAAAAUUCUAUUUUGUAGAAAAAAAUAAAAGAUAAAUUAUUUUUAAAUAUAUUAUGAGCAUGUGUUUAGUGUAAAUAACGUCAAAGUCUAAAUUGAUUUUAUAUCCUGUAUUUUUUACUCUGUUUUUCUUUUGGGUGUUUGUUCCUUUUGGGGUGGAGGCUUCAAGAAGCAGUGUAUACUUUAAACAUAUUUCAUUUCAUAUCUCAUCAUUUGCUGUUAUCUAAGCACUAACAAAUCCUAACAAAUUUAGAAUCUACUCACCUUUAGCUGACUUUCGUUCAUUCAAACAAUAAAGAGACAUUUCUGAAAGUAUUGGAACAAAAUCACAGUCAUCAACUAUAUUUUAAUAGGAUUUGAUCUGUUUGUGUAAUCGAUUAUUCUGUGAAAAGACUCUGGCUUUGUAAUGCUGGCCAUAUGAUAUAGUAUAAACUGAUGAUGUUGAUGAUUGCAUCAGUGUACACUGGUUUAUACUCACUUUUGGAUCACUUUACAUGUACAUGUACUUUUUGUUAGGAUUUGUGCUGUGCUUGUAAAACAAAGAUAAAACACACCAACACAUAUAUUACCCUUUGUGAUGAUACUACACAAACAAAGCUUUGUCCAUGUUCACUUAUUCAUGUCUUAUGGGAACCCUAAAUUAUUUUCCUCUACCUCAUGUGUAUAGCUUGUAGGUAUAAACAGAUCACAAAUGACUGGUAAGAAUGUAUUUAAGUUAUUUAACAUCUUUGUAUA